CCCCGCGUCCUGGCAGGAGGGUGCCAGGCCCCGGCCGGCCUAGGCGGGGCCCCUGGGGCCUGGGGCGGCGGGUCGGGCCGCACGACCCCCGUCCUCUCGGCCCGGCCGGUGCCCGAGUGCGGGGAGGCGGCCCCGCGGUGCCCGUUCUUGAUCCCUCGCGGCCGGGGCCGGGGCCGGCGACCCUCGUGGGCAGCCCCUCUCCCAGCCGCGGCCUGUUGGGGCCCGCGGCUGCGGCGGGCGGAGGCGGGCACCGCGCCCGGGGGUGCCGAGAGCGCCUGGGGCCCCCGCUGAGUCACCGGCCCGGCCCGGGAGAGCGCUGCCCCCCCGCGGGUGCCGGUGGAUGCUCCGGGGGUCCGGGGACUGACGGACGGGAGCCCCGGGGGGCUGCACACGCCCUGUAGCCACCUGUCCCCACCGAGCAGGGGCUCCGGGUGGCCGGCAGGCCGUGCCCAGCCGCUCCUGCCCUCCCCCUGGCCCCCCACCUGCCCGCCCUGCUCGUUGGGAGCCGCUGCGACCCCACAGAACUCCCAAGAAGAAGAGGGGCCAAGCGCCUAGAGAGAGAGAGAUGCUUUCUUCACGUGUCGAAAAAAUGCCCUCCUGGCGAAGAGCGCGGCCCCCCAGGUAGAGGGCGACUUUGCCAUGGCCCCUCGGGGCCCUGACCAGGAGGAGUGUGAGGGCCUGCUGCAGCAGUGGCGGGAAGAGGGGUCAAGCCAGGUGCCGUCAGCCGUGAACGAGGGGCCCCUGGCGGACAAGGGCCUCGCCCAGAGCAGCCUGGCCCUCCUGAUGGAUGACCCUGGAGAACAGGAUGCCGCGUCAGAGGACAAGUGGCCCAGCAGGCAGCUGAGCGACCUGCGGGCAGCCGAGAACCUGGAGGAGCCUUUCCCCGAGGGGCUGGGAGAGGACCCCCUGCCGGAAGUGGAGGGCCCCGUGUGGGCGGCGGUGCCCAUGCAGGCGGCCCCCCAGUACGCAGACUGUGCUGUCCUCCCGAUGGGAGCCCUGGCCGCAGAGCAGUGGGAAGAGGACCCCGCGGUGGUGGCCUGGAACAUGGCAGCCGAGCCUCUCCCCCAAGGAGAGGCUCCCGUCUGGCCCUUCGAGGGCCUGGGGCAGCUGCAGCCUCCCCCAAUGGAAAUCCCGUAUCACGAAAUCCUGUGGCGAGAAUGGGAGGAUUUCUCCACUCAGCCAGACGCCCAGGGCCUGGAGGCAGGGGACGGCCCUCAGUUCCAGUUCACGCUCAUGUCUUACAACAUCCUGGCCCAGGACCUGAUGCAGCAGAGCUCGGAGCUGUAUCUGCACUGCCACCCGGACAUCCUAAACUGGAACUACCGCUUUGCGAACCUCAUGCAGGAAUUCCAGCACUGGGACCCCGAUAUCCUGUGUCUCCAGGAAGUCCAGGAAGAUCACUACUGGGAGCAGCUGGAACCUUCUCUGCGCAUGAUGGGCUUCACCUGUUUCUAUAAGAGGAGGACCGGGUGUAAGACAGACGGCUGUGCUGUCUGCUACAAGCCCACGAGAUUCCGCCUGCUCUGCGCCAGCCCAGUGGAGUACUUCCGGCCGGGCUUGGAGCUCCUCAACCGGGACAACGUGGGCUUAGUCUUGCUGCUGCAGCCGCUCGUCCCGGAAGGCCUGGGACAGGUCUCGGUGGCCCCGCUGUGUGUGGCAAAUACCCACGUCUUGUACAACCCUCGCCGGGGCGACGUCAAGCUGGCCCAGAUGGCCAUUCUCUUGGCCGAAGUCGACAAGGUGGCCAGGUUGUCCGACGGCAGCCACUGCCCCAUCAUCUUGUGUGGGGACCUGAACUCUGUCCCCGAGUCGCCGCUCUACAACUUCAUCAGGGACGGAGAGCUCCAGUACCACGGGAUGCCGGCCUGGAAGGUAUCGGGACAGGAGGACUUCUCCCAUCAGCUGUACCAGAGGAAGCUGCAGGCCCCGCUGUGGCCCAGCUCCCUGGGCAUCACUGAUUGCUGUCAGUAUAUUUCCUCCUGUCACCCCAAGAGAUCAGAGAGACGUAAAUAUGGCCGGGACUUCCUGCUACGUUUCCGCUUCUGCAGCGUUGCUUGUCAGCGACCAAUAGGGCUGGUUCUCAUGGAAGGAGUGACAGAUACUAAGCCAGAGCGACCUGUUGGCUGGGCCGAGUCCAUCCUGGAGGAGGACAUGUCCGUCCCUGAGCCCGUCUUCCCCAGGACUGUGGGCACCAUCCAGCACUGUCUUCACCUGACCUCGGUGUAUACCCAUUUCCUGCCCCAGCAUGGCCGCCCAGAGGUCACCACAAUGCCCUUGGGCCUUGGAACAACAGUGGAUUACAUCUUCUUCUCCGCUGAGUCUUGUGAGAAUGGGAACAGGACUGACCACAGGCUCUACCGGGACGGAACGCUCAAGCUCCUCGGCCGUCUCUCCCUCCUCUCCGAGGAGAUCCUCUGGGCUGCCAACGGCCUACCCAACCCCUUCUGCUCCUCCGACCAUCUCUGCCUGCUGGCCAGCUUCGGAAUGGAGGUCACGGCGCCGUGACGGGACCCCCCCGGGGGAAGCGAGCCCACCGAGUCAGAGACUGGAAAUCCCCUGCGCUUCUGGAGACUUAGAGCCGAGAAACUUAUGUCCCGUUCCCCCCCACCCCCCACCCCCAACCCCUUGUUCCCUCCCCCCCUCCGGUUUAGGUUUGCUCCGGGCCUGUCCGCGUUCUCUGCCUGUGGUCCCUGCCCCGCCCCAGCCUCUUCCUUAUCCUGUGCCGCGUCACUCGGUGGCCCCGGGAGAGGCAGAAGGGGGGCUUCCCCCUUCCUCCCAUGUAUCCAGCGCCCCCCCUUGAUUGUUAAUGACCAGGGUUGUGGGAGCUAUUGAUCUCAUUGGUUGUUUGCUUUCAGGCUGUUUCUUGGUACCUUCUGACCCGACUUCCUCCCUGCCUCCUUGACUCCUGGGCCCCCCUCCCCCCAUUGCCAGGCGCACGCUCACGGGAGGUCCUCUCGGGCCUGGACCAGCCUGUGUGGCCGUGCCCGCCUUACUCAAGGGCCUGGGGGAAUGUCUGCAGCCAGGGCGGUGGCCGGGGGCCGGCCCUCCUCUCCAUACCCUCUCUCCUAGGCACGCGUCAUGCUGGCCAGGGCCGCGUCAUUGUCUGGGCUCCGGGACCCAGUGGUCUUCGCAGCCGGGAGCAGCAGAUCUGGGGACCCGCCUCCUGCUGUAGCAGCCCCCGAGCCUCUCACCCAGCACCCAGAGCCCCCCCACAAGGCCUGCAGGCUUCCCCUAGCCUCGUCCCUUUCCCAGACUUCCCAGAGAGACCACUCAGACGCCCUCCGUGGGACUCGGCGGGUGGGUGGGGUGGGGGGCUGGGGUGGAAGGGAUCAGUUUAAAGCUUAGAGGCCUUCGAGAGCGGAGAGGCGGAAACUUCUGGCUGGCCGCUGGCUGUCCUGCCUCGCCAGACGCCGCCCGCAGCCUGCAGAGCUGGGAUGGGGCGGCGCGCCGGGGCCUCGCCCUCUCUCCUCUCACACCACGAGUUUGCUGUGCCUUUCUCCUGCCCUGUUUGACUGUUUGCUGCCUCCUCCCCGCCCCCUCCCGCUUUUUCCAGGAAAGCCUGGAGGUUUGCUCAGGCCAGACCAUCUCAGCAGAAAGGUGGCUUUGAGCAAAACUGGGGGUCCCAGGGUCGGGGGGUGCCUGAGGAUGGGCUGCUGAGGGAGGCCUCUGCACCCCCUCUCCUAGCACGGGGCAGCUGCAGCCCAUUCGGGGGGCCUCUGGCCCACAGUGUCAUACCUGCAUGCCUCGAUCUCUCCUUGCUGGGGUGUGUCUGGGCCACUCCUCCCCACGCCCCCCCCAACUCAGGGUAGCUACCAGCCCUCGGGAGACCUGACUUACAGUUGCCCCACUCUGGGCUUCCAGGGGACUGAAGGGCUGGCCUCGAGGCUGCAGUGAGGCGAAUGUUCCCUCCUUUGGAAGCCACAGACCCAGCCUGAAUUCUGCUGCUGCAUUCACGGUUACCAGCUUUCUCUGCCUAGGUUCUGGGGAACUGACCCAUGCAUGUCUGUUUUAAACACUGUUUCCUGGGCACGGGGCACGCGCCUGUCUGAGCCCCAGGCCUGUCUGUCCACGGCCCCACUGUUCACUGUUCUCCCCCAGCACCUCCUGAGACAGUUUCAGGACAGUGCCCUGUUGGUUGAUAGGACGAUGGCCCAUUGCUGUUCUCUGCUCCCGAAACGCAGUUUACAACCAGCCGAGGACAGCAGAGGGCAGGAGUGAGAGAGCCAAGUUUUUUCCCUUGUUAUUUGUUUCGGAAAUGAAAUGGGGGUUUUACAUGGCCAUUUAAACUCUCUUCCAAAUAAAGGUUUACC